ACCAAUGGGCUUUUUAUGUGUUGUAAAAUUCACGAUAUUUUGGAAUUCUUUUAUAAUUCCAAAACCCAAAAAAAAAAAAGUAUUUCGCCAAUCUUCUUCUUUGCCUUCCUCUUGUACACCUGCGCCGCCUCCUCUCACUCUCAUUGUUCGAACCUCCGGCAGCCAUCUAUCACUGCUUCGCAUCGGACCUUUGCUGCAGCCUUAGCUGGAAAAGAUCUUUUGCCCAUCUGUGACUCUCAUCGUCGGUGUACCGAAACUGAAUUUGGAAGCAAAGAUGGCAUUAGGGUAGAGUGGAGAUUGAUCGGAAUAGGCGAUUUAGUUGGGGUCCAGACGAGAUUCACAGGAUCGAACAUGCUGAAAUUCAGUGGUCUUUUUCUUGACAAGUUCACUCGUGUGGCCUCCGUGCCUGUUCACCAUGUUGAUCUUGUUGAAAGGGUUUCGAUCCUGAGAGAGGAGCUGUUGGCGAUAGGUGAUAACAAGGAACAGUUCUAUAGCGUUUUGGAUGAGAAGGGGCAGUGGCUUUAUAGGUCCUACCGUGAUGGAGCUGGGAUCGUUGAGCUUAUGGGUCAGUUCCAUCCACAUCCUUACUUGGCUCUUCAGGUUUUAGAUUGGAGAAGAAAAGAAGUUAACUGUUAUGUUCCUUUAACGUCCGAGGAGUAUGCAAAAGGUAUCAAACUAGCUGGCCGAGCUAAGGAUAUAAACCUUGCAGUCGAUCUUUUCAAUGAGGCAGCAAGAAAACGUGUUAUGGCAACUUCUAUUUACAAUGCUUUGAUGGGUACUUACAUGUGCAAUGGUCUUGCGGAGGCAUGUCAAUCACUCUUUAAAGAUUUCAGGAAACAGACACAAUGUGCUCCUUCGGUUGUGACAUAUAAUAUUCUAAUAUCAGUAUACGGUCGGCUGCUGAUGAUAAAUAACAUGGAGGCGGCGUUCGAGGAACUAUGCAAAUCAAAACUCGCCCCAAAUUCUAACACUUACAAUUAUUUGAUUGCUGGUUAUGUUACUGUUUGGAAUUGGGAGAAGAUGGAAGCUACUUUUCAAUUAAUGAAGACUGCUCAGGUCAAGCCUGAUUUCUACACAUAUGUGCUAAUGGUUCGAGGGUAUGCAAAUUCAAGAAAUUUGGGUAAGAUGGAAGAAAUGUACGAGCUGAUAAAAGAUCAGAUUGAUGAAAACAGAGUUCCUCUGAUCAGAGCCAUGAUCUGUGCAUAUUGUAGGAAUGUUGUCGAAGAUAGAGUUAAAAAAGUUGAAAACUUACUGGGGCUCAUCUCUGAGGAGGAGUAUAAGCCAUGGUUGAAUGUGCUUUUGAUUCAACUGUAUGCUCAAGAGGACAUUCUCGAAGCGAUGGAGGAUAAAAUUAAUGAGGCAUUUGAGCAUAAAACACGUGUUAAUACAUCUGGUACUAUGCAGGCAAUCGUUGGGAGUUACUAUAGGUGUGAUGCUUCUGUAGACAGUAUUGCUAAUUUUGUCAAGCGUGCAGAGUCUGCUGGGUGGAAGCUAUGCAGAUCCCUCUACCACUGUAUGAUGAUAUCGUAUGGCUCUCAAAGGCGUUUUGAAGAAAUGGAAGGUGUUGUCAGUGAGAUGGAGAAUUUUAACUAUGGGUUAGUGGAAAAGACGUUACUCAUUAUGUUUAAGGCAUAUAUUUCUCAUGGAAUGGAGUUUAAGGCUAAACAAGUAGUUGGGAAGAUGUUGAAAUAUGGGUACUCCUCGGCAUCCCAAUGAUGAUACUCAUUUGGUGUCUAAUGGACCCAAGUUUGCAUGAAGCCUAAAGCUGGUUUUCCUGAUUGGUUCAGUUCUUUAUUGGAUGUUAGCUAAUCUCCACAGGAUCGAGAGUUAAGAACUCGUCUUGGCAUAAUUCUCCUGUUUAUGGUAUCUUACCUUGGUGAUGCAGUUAGUAUUUAGAUUCUUGUCUAGUUUGGCCUAUCAGUAUCCAGAACUGUCAGCGAUGAGCUUUUAAAGAAAUUGGUGGGCUGAUUUCUAUUAUCCCUCAUUGAACUACUGGGAUGAGGGCCUUUUGUUCCCUUCUACAUCCAUGGACUAGUUGAACAUCAUCUUUCUGAAUCGAGAGAAUUAGUCAUGCUGAAUGUAUAUCUAUCUGCUAUCAAGGUGUGGCCUGCAUCAUGUGAGGAUGACAAGAUUGAAGGAUUUGACUGCGUAAAUUUUGUCCUUCAACCCCGGAUGAAGGCUGUGGCAUGGAGUUAUAUCCUUGAGAUUGCUGUCUGGGUAAGCUUCAUCACCUGUUAACAUACUGCCAGCCGUUCUUUUCUGCCGGCACUGGAGCUAUCAACAAGUUCCAGAUUGUUAUAAGUCUCCAAAUUAUUCUAAUGUUCAGCUAUCAGCAUUUUUUACUCCAUUUAUUCUCCUCAGUCCGACUCCAUUUUUGAUAGGGUUAAUAAAAUUGAUUAGCAAUCACUUGUGUUUCUUGUCUCCCAGUUCUUGCAGUUGUAAGUUAUUUAUCCUACUCCAUUUCAAAAAAGAAAAAGAAAAAGUUCAUCCAA